GCAUUUCCAGGUCCAAAGCGUCGAUUCCACGAGCAGAGGCGAGUCGAGUUCGGUCGGUCCGUGAGCGAGAGCGACGCCGGGCGCACUGACGCGGCCGCCGCUCCGUCACACCCACGCGAACCUCUGCCCGAAGGAGGGGGAGGAGGAGGAGGCGGAGGACUCGGGUGAUUGGGGUGCGGCUGGAGGAGGAGGGCCCUAGAGGGAACCGCGGAAGGAACGGAGGAUUUGGUUUUCCUUUUUCGUUUUCUUCUUCCUCGGGGAUUUUCGUCCUUCCGAUCCUACCUCCCUGCGACCGGUUCCUCCCCGGCCCGACGCCCUAGCAGGACCCCCCCAAACACACCAAGGUGCUUCGGGCGGCGUUGAGGGGCGCGCUGAAGACGGCGCCCCCAGACAUGGACGUGUGUGACCUGGAGGGCCCCUGGGGUCCCCCCCACCACCACCACAUCGGGUCCUUCGCCUGUGAGAAGGACGGCCUCGACCACAAGAGAAAGGGAAGCAAAGAUUUCGUCCCGAUGCCCGACAAGACUCACGCGGCGCAGCAGCUCCACGCCCUCCUGCCGACCAGACCCGACGUCGCGUUCCUCCGCACAGACCAGGCCUUCCUCCUCCGUUUCCUGAGAGCGAGAAAGUUCCGGGUGGGCGACGCCUUCCUGCUCCUCUGCCGCUACUUCGAGUACCGUCAGCGCCACCGGGAGUUGUUCCGCGGCCUGAACGUGGGCGGGGGCGGCGAGGGCGGCGGGGGCGGCACCACCGGCAUCCAAGCGGCCCUGCUGGACGGUCUGCCGGGCGUGCUGGCGGAGCGCGACCCCUGCGGCCGCCCCGUCGUCGUGCUCCUGGCCAGCAACUGGGACCAUUCCAGAUACGACGUGCGUGUGGUGUACCAGGCAGUCCUCCUCACCCUCGAGCGCCUGGUGGAGGACGAGGCUGUGCAGGCGAACGGCGUCGUGGCGAUCCUGGACUGGUCGAACUUCCCCGCCCGACUCACCACCAGCCUCUCGCCCAAGCUGCUCCCGGCUGCUGGCGGGGGGUGUGUGGGACUGCAGUUAGCCUUCCGUGACGGCAGUGGUCCUUUUUCUCUCCCUCAGGAUGCCUUCCCUCUGCGCCUGGGAGCAAUUCAUCUAGUCAAUCAGCCCUGGUACGUGGAGGCGGCGCUGGGGCUCGCCAGGCCGUUCCUCAAGGAGAAACUUCGAUCUAGAAUUCACGUCCAUGGGAACAACCUCGCGACGCUGCACGCUCAGGUUCCUCCUAGACUCCUUCCGGCAGAGCUCGGUGGCGAAGGCGCGGAAUACCACCCCCACACAUGGGCCUCCACCAUGUUGAAGCGCACGCCGAGCCAGCAGGAGCAGCAAGAAGCACCCCAGCCGGAACAAGAGCAAGAACAGCAUCCGCAGGAACAUCAGGCGAAGAACCAGCAUCAGGGACAAGCCAACCCUUCCGCGCGCAGCCCAGAGAGCAACGGCUUCAACGGUUUUAACGGUUCCGCAAAGAAAACGCAGGAAUCGCCGCGUUCUUUCGCGAAGGAAAGCCUCAGCCUGAGCACCUCGUGUGACCUGUCCUCGGAGAACACCUCGGCCUCCCCGCCCUCGCCCGACACGCCCUUAGUCAACAAGCCCGAGACUAAUAGCACUAUCGCUGCUAGCUUCACGGCCAUGAUCUUCGGGAAGAGCGACUCGGAUAGCAAAUCAAAUGGGAACAUCAGCGACGGGGAAGAGGUGGCGCUGAAGGCCCAUUAGGCGUCCUCGCUCCUGGGCCGGUUCUUCGUGCGUUCAUCUGCUGGAAACGUGAACUGGGGGUUUUCAUCAAGGCAAAAAGUGUAGGCUGCUCUGUGUCUGUGUUUCAGUGUCCUGUUAGAUUCUUGUGCUUUUUGAAUUUUGAGUUUCGUUGUAUUUUGAGCAUGGUAUUUUUUUCUUUAUAAUCUGUCUUUUAAUUCCAUAAAGCAAAGAAGAAGAGGAUCCUAAUCAAAAUCUGUGUUGAAACAAGCAAAUCAAAAGACAAUGAAAAUGUUAAUAGGUUCCGGCAGGCCAUGAUUAAACAGCCUCGUUUUUGUUUUCAAAAUGAUUAAACCUUGAUGUUUGAUUUCCGUAUUAUCUCUAUAAUCAAGACAAUAUAGUAUUUCAGUAUUGAUAUGUUUUUGUUUAUUUCAAAAUAUAUUUUUCAAAGUAACCAUAUAUGUAUGUAUUGUAUAUACUGGAUUUGGCGGCCACAUUUUUCCAUGACAGUUUUUAUCAGUAUUUUCAUUGUUUUUAUUAUCCAUUAUUAUUGUUAUACUUAUCUGUUUAUCUGUUCAUUCAUUAUUUGUUAUUUAUUUAGGUGUGCGAUGACUAUUUUUUCUUAUGAUCAUUCAGGACCGCCUCAAAGAACAGUAACGUUGCUCACCUUGUCAUGACUGAUAAGUGUCAUAACAUCUUUACCAAAGUGUCUAGUUGCUUAUUAUUUUGUUGAGUCUGAGUUCUAGAUUUUUUCUAUGACUGAUAUUAACUCUAUUUUUCAGAUGAUCGUUAAUUUUGUAAUUGCCUUUUUAUGUAUUAUUCAGUUUAUUUAAGACUCCCAAAAUUCAGGCCAAUGACUAGUCAAGUAUCAUAUAUAAAACGGAAAUGUUUGUGCUUAAUGAUGUAAUAUGAGAAUUUACCUUUUUUCAAAAGUAUUUUAUUAUGUAAUUCAAGUAAAUGCUUCCACAUGAGUUUGUAUAAUGUGUAUAGGUGUCUGGCAAUGUGUAUAGAUCUCUUGCAUUGUGUGCUCAAUGUUUCAACGCACAAAUUUGAUGAACAUUGUCAUAUAUAUAGUGUGGGUGUUUAUAUAUGUGUAUGUAAACUCCUGCAUUCACGUUAUAUAUGCAGACAUACAUAAAAUAAUCGUGUAUAUGUCUAUUUUGAUGUAACAUUGAACUCGCGUAUAUGAUAACAGCAUGGUCGUCAUAUACUCAUUUUGGUAUAACCAAGCGAGUCCGUGUUCUAUAUGCUAUUUUCAGAAAUGGAUAACUUUGUCAUAUCUAUAUUUUGUAAUCAUAUUUGGGGGGUAUUAUAUUUAUGUAGUAUUUUCAGUUGUUCGUCGUACUUGAAUCUCUGAAAAGGAGUGUUUUUUUUUCCUUACACGAUGUGAAAACAAUACUGUUUCAGUGUAAAUAUAUUGGAUGUGAAAACGGUGUAUUAUAAAUUACUGAGCAUAUCCAAGGCUUUCACAGAGGCACAUGAUAGCUUGCAUACUGUAGACGUAACUAUUUUAUAGGCAAUAUACUUUUUUAUUUAU